UCGCCCUCCGCGACUCCCCCUCCUGCUCCCACCGCGGGCUCUGAAGCCAGGAAACCCGAGAGGAAAUGACUGAGCCCGUCUAGGUCCCCGCCCGCCAGCUCUCCCCUGGCCACACCCUCCGCCGGGACGCCGCCACCGCCGCUGCCCUCUGUCCACGAGGCUGCCGGCUUGGGACCCCCAGCACUGACAAGGGGGUGGUGGCCGGGUCCCCCACUUCUAAAACCCUCCCUCUGUCCUGGAAGACCAGCUGUCAGCCUUGGCAGGGGGUCCUUGAAGCCACAGGUGCUCGCUCAGGAUGUCGCCCUCUGGUUGCCUGUGUCUCCUCACCAUCAUUGGCCUGCUUCUCCCCACCAGAGGACAGACAUUGAAGGAGACCACAUCCAUUCCUUCAGCAGACACAAGCAUUGUGAACAUUCAUGCCCUGACUCAAACCCCAGACACAGUCCACCCAGAGUCCCAGUCCACCCCUCAGACAUCUCUGCAGGCUGGUGGAACAACGCAGGAGCAGACGGAGGAGACCCACACCCCACGGCCGACGAGAAUGGAUGUGCUCCCAGCCACAGAUCCGAGGACCGGCCAGAGUGGCCCAGAAGCCACUCCCUCUGCCGCUCCCACUAAAGGCACCACGCUCUCCAAGAGGCGAUCUCCAGGCAAAGACGUCAGGCCGGACGCUGCCCUCGGGCCCACGGGCGCCAGUGAGGACAACCCCUUCUCCUACGACGAGGACACUCUCCGGAAGCGGGGGCUGUUGGUCGCAGCCGUGCUGUUCAUCACGGGCAUUGUCAUCCUCACCAGUGGCAAGUGUAGACGGUUACCCCAAUUGUGCCGGAACUACAACAGGUGAGACCACCGGAAGGAGGGGCCGGCAACCGAAUGGAGGGGCACCCCGAGACUGAGUCCCCACCGGCUCACCGUGCCCAGCCACCUCCCUCCCCUCGAUGAGUCUACAGAAUAAUUGGUAGAGCCCAGCCCGAGAGGGAAGACCCAGAUGGAGACAGCCGGGCUGAUGCCCCAAGUCCCCUGCCCACCCUGAGGGCUGCCCGGCCCCCUGGGCACUGCCCACCCCCCCCACCCCCCCACUCCGGUGUCCCACGCUGUUCAGACGAAAAGUAAAGCACUGUGGUCCUUG